AUGUUUCUAGACGGCGCUAUGGGUACCAUGGUUCAGCGCUUAAAACUUCAAGAAUCCGACUUUCGAGGUACGGAAUUUCUGAAUUGGUCUAAAGAUCUCAGAGGCAAUAAUGAUUUAUUGACCUUAACCAAACCCGACGCAAUUUAUACCAUUCAUCGCCAAUACCUUGAAGCAGGAGCAGAUAUGAUUGAGACCAACACAUUUAGUUCAACCUCAAUUGCUCAAUUGGAUUAUGCCUUAGAGAAUUAUGCAUAUAGACUCAACAAAGAAGGAGCUGUAUUGGCCAAACGAGCUUGUGAAGAUGUUGCAAAAGAGACGGGUGUGCCUCGUUUUGUAUGUGGCGCCAUUGGCCCAACCAACCGUACAUGUUCUAUUUCGCCCUCAGUUGAAAAUCCAGCUUAUCGAAAUGUCACAUUUGAUGAACUAGUCAUUGCCUAUGCAGAACAAGUGCGUGGAUUAUUAGAUGGUGGUGCUGAUAUCUUAUUAGUGGAAACAAUUUUCGAUACAUUAAAUGCAAAAGCUGCUUUGUUUGCUAUUGACCUUGUGUUUGAAGAAGACCAAAGACCCAAAGUGCCUUUGUUUAUUUCAGGUACGAUUGUAGAUCAAAGUGGUCGUACAUUAUCAGGUCAGACAGGUGAAGCAUUUGUAACCUCAUUGAACCAUGCUAAACCCGUUGCUUUUGGCUUGAAUUGUGCUUUGGGUGCUGAACAAAUGAAGCCAUUUGUUCAAAACAUCAGUCGAUUUACAGAUGCUCAUAUUAUCUGCUACCCUAAUGCUGGUUUACCUAAUGCCAUGGGUGAGUAUGACGAAAGCCCUGAAGCGAUGGCCAAGAAUGUGGAGCCAUUUGCCAAAGAAGGCCUUGUUACCAUUGUUGGUGGUUGUUGUGGUACAACACCUGAGCACAUUAAGGCUGUUGCUGAAGCUUGUAGUAAAUACAGUCCUCGUGUCAAGCCUCCUUCUAAAUCCAAUGUAAUGCUGCUCUCUGGUCUUGAAGUCUUGCGAGUGGAUGAAACCACAGGCUUCGUCAAUGUCGGUGAACGUUGUAACGUAGCUGGCUCUCGCAAGUUCUGUCGUCAUAUCCUUAAAAACGAAUAUGAAGAAGCACUGGCCAUUGCCCGCGCUCAAGUAGAGAACGGUGCUCAAGUGGUGGACGUCAAUUUUGAUGAAGGUCUCUUGGACGGUAAAGCAGCCAUGACCAAGUUUUUGAACAUGUUGGCUUCUGAUCCUGAUUGUGCUCGUGUGCCUUUGAUGGUCGAUUCUUCCAAUUUUGCUGUGAUUGAAGCAGGUCUUCGAUGUGCUCAAGGCAAAUGUAUUGUCAACUCCAUUUCUUUAAAGGAAGGUGAAGAAGAAUUUAUCAAGAAAGCCAAGAUUAUCAAACGAUUUGGUGCUGCUGUAGUUGUGAUGGCUUUUGAUGAAGUAGGUCAAGCUGCUGAAGCAGACCGAAAGAUUGAGAUCUGUACUCGUUCCUAUCGUAUUCUAGUGGACAAGGUUGGAUUCAAUCCUUAUGAUAUUAUCUUUGAUCCUAAUAUCCUCACCAUUGCUACCGGCAUGGAGGAACAUAACAAUUAUGCUGUUGAGUUUAUUGAAGCCUGUCGAGCUAUCAAGGCUACACUUCCUGGUGCAAAGAUCAGUGGUGGUGUUUCCAACUUAUCUUUUGCUUUUCGUGGUAUGGACAAAGUACGUGAAGCUAUGCAUUCUGUCUUUUUAUACCAUACCGUGAAAUCGGGUAUGGAUAUGGGUAUCGUGAACGCUGGUUUCUUGACAGUCUACGAUGAUAUUCCCAAAGAUCUUUUGAGACUUUGUGAAGAUGCUGUCUGGAACCGUGAUUCUGAAGUCACUGAAAAACUUCUGGAUUAUGCUAAAGCACAUUCAAAAGAUGCUAAAAAAGACGAAGAUUUAGAAGAAUGGAGAAAUUGGAGUGUGACCGAUCGUAUUUCUCAUGCUUUAGUGAAAGGCAUCAUGAAAUAUAUUGUGGAAGAUACAGAAGAGGCCCGUCUUGACAAGCAAAAGUAUCCCCGUUCUCUCAAUGUGAUUGAAGGUCCCUUGAUGGCUGGUAUGAAUAUUGUAGGUGACUUGUUUGGUAAAGGAAAGAUUGUAAUGAAAAAAGCGGUUGCUCACUUGGUGGAGUACAUUAAACUUGAAAAAGAGCAAGACAUGGCCUUGUCUGGAGAAACAGAAAUCAAGGGUAAUGGUACUAUUGUCAUGGCUACUGUCAAGGGAGACGUACACGACAUUGGCAAAAACAUUUGUGGUGUUGUUCUCGGUUGUAAUAACUACAAAGUCAUUGACUUGGGUGUGAUGGUGCCCUGUGAUAAGAUUAUCAGGACAGCUAUUGAAGAAAAGGCAGACGUGAUUGGUCUUUCAGGCCUUAUUACACCCUCUUUAGAAGAAAUGGUGAUUGUAGCUAAAGAAUGCGAGAAAGCAGGUCUCAAGAUUCCUAUUUUGAUUGGUGGUGCUACGACUAGUAAAAUGCACACGGCUGUCAAAAUUGCUCCUCAAUAUUCUGCACCUGCAAUUUAUGUUUUGGAUGCUUCCCGAAGCGUCCCUGUAGUUGCCAGUCUUUUAGAUGAAAACAUGCGCGAAGAAUUUGCUGAAGAUAUUCGUGAUGAUUAUGAUGAAAUGCGUGAGGAAUACUAUGAAGGUUUAGAAGAACGUCGUCUGUUGACCAUCGAAGCUGCUCGAGAAAAGAAAAUGGAAAUUGACUGGAUCCAACAUCCUCCCGCUAUCAAACCCCAAUUCCUGGGCACGAAAGUCUACGAUGACUAUCCCUUAGAGAAGUUAGUCGACCAUAUUGAUUGGAAUCCUUUCUUCCAGGUCUUUCAGUUGCGUGGUCGCUAUCCUAACCGAGGCUUCCCCAAGAUUUGUGAUGAUGAAAACGUAGGAAAAGAAGCCAAGCGACUCUAUCAAGACGCACAAGACAUGCUCAAGAUGAUCAUUGACAAAAAACGCUUGACGGCUCGAGGCCUUGUUGGCUUUUAUCCUGCUCAUGCUGUAGGUGAUGACAUUGAGAUCUAUACCGACGAAAGCUGUGAACAAGUAGCCGCUACUUUCUACGGUCUUCGUCAACAAGCUGAAAAAGAUACAGAAGAACCUUAUUAUUGUCUCUCUGAUUUUGUGUCUCCCAAAGCCUCUCACAUAUCAGACUAUGUUGGUAUGUUUGCUGUCAGCACUGGUUUUGGCUGUGAAAAGUUGGUAGAACAAUAUGAAGCAGACGGUGAUGAUUAUAACAGUAUCAUGGCCAAAGCCAUUGCAGAUCGUUUGGCUGAAGCCUUUGCAGAAGCAUUGCAUGAACAAGUCCGUAAAGAAGACUGGGGAUAUGCUUCUGAAGAGCACUUGUCUGCUGCUGAUCUUUUUGCUGUUCGAUACCAGGGUAUUCGUCCUGCUCCUGGUUAUCCUUCUCAACCUGACCAUACAGAAAAGAAAACAAUGUGGCAAUUGGGAGAUAUUGCUGAAAAGACAGGCAUUACUUUGACCGAAUCCCUCGCGAUGGACCCACCUGCCAGUGUUAGUGGCUUGUUUUUUGGUCAUGAGCAGAGUAAGUAUUUUGCAGUUGGCAAGAUAGAAAAGGAUCAAAUUCAAGACUAUGCUGCUCGUAAGGACAUGGAUGUCGAAACUGUUGAGAAAUGGUUAGGCACUAUUCUUGCCUAUGAUCACUAA